AUGUCGAUAAGUCCUUCUCUACUUUAUUCAAAUAUGUUAAAAAAUCAUUUUUUUUCACCAUUUUUUAUUCAAUCAUUAAUAAAUUCAAAACAAAAUUCUCUUCAUCAAACGUUCGAAUCUCAUUUAAGUGAAGAUGAAGAAAGUAUGGAUGAUCAUGAUAAUAAACAAAAACGUACACGUACAAAUUUUACAACUUCACAAAUUAAUGAAUUAGAAAAAGCUUUUCAAGAUGGUCAUUAUCCUGAUGUAUAUAUGCGAGAAGCUUUAGCGAUAAAAUUAGAUUUAAUUGAAUCACGAGUACAAGUUUGGUUUCAAAAUCGACGAGCUAAAUGGAGAAAAAUGGAAAAUACAAAAAAAGGUCCAGGUCGUCCAGCACAUAAUGCACAUUUACAAACAUGUUCAGGUCAUCCAAUAUCUCAUGAAGAAAUACAAAAAAAACGUUUAUUAGCUGAAGAACGAAAACGACGAAAACAAACUAAAACUUCGAAUUCAAAUUCAUUGAUUAGUGAUGGAAAUUCUUCGACAUCAUCAUCAAUAUCUCCUAAAAUAUUAAAUAAAUCUUCUUAUUCAAUAGAACGAAUUUUAUAUCAAUCAUCAACUAAUAAUAAAACGACAUAA